CAACCAUUUGGUGAUACAUCACUGGAACUUCAAGAGAAUUCCCUGGAAGGCUUUUCUUCUACAAUACUAUACAUUCAGUUCCAUUGGCCACUGAUCUUAACGUUUUGUCACUGAGCAGAAGGUAUUCCAUCCUUGCUGAAAUUUGGCUUGGCUUUCUUGGGGCCAAUUGGAACAUUUGAUAACAUCAAACACAAUUUAUUCAGCAAUGAGGCUUGUUAUCUCAGCUCUCUGUGUUCUUGUGCUAUUCUCUUAUGCAGUUGCAUAUGAUCCAUUGGAUCCAAAUGGCAACAUAACAAUCAAAUGGGAUGUGAUGUCUUGGACACCAGAUGGCUAUGUGGCUGUGGUAACAGUCCACAAUUUCCAAAUGUUUCGGCACAUCAUGAAUCCAGGGUGGACAUUGGGAUGGACAUGGGCUAAGAAAGAAGUGAUAUGGACCAUGGUAGGAGCUCAAACCACAGAGCAAGGAGACUGCUCAAAGUUCAAAGGCAACAUACCUCACUGCUGCAAGAAAAUUCCCACAGUUGUGGACUUGCUCCCUGGUGUGCCUUACAACCAACAAUUCUCAAACUGCUGUAAGGGCGGAGUGGUUGCAGCAUGGGGUCAAGAUCCUUCACAAUCUAUCUCAUCCUUCCAAGUCAGUGUAGGACAAGCUGGCACCUCAAACAAGACAGUGAAACUCCCCAAGAAUUUCACGCUCUUGGCUCCAGGACCAGGCUAUACUUGUGGCCCUGCAAAGGUUGUUCCUUCCACCAAUUUCCUUACACCCGACAAGCGCCGCAAGACUCAAGCACUAAUGACAUGGAAUGUUACCUGCACAUACUCACAAUUUCUAGCAAGGAAAAACCCAAGUUGUUGUGUGUCUUUGUCAUCCUUCUACAAUGAAACCAUUACCCCAUGCCCCUCUUGUGCCUGUGGCUGCCAGAACAAAAAGAAUUGUGUGAAGAGAGACUCUAAGAUUCUCAGCAUGGUGGGGGUUCAUACUCCAAAGAAAGACAAUGAACCAUUACUGCAGUGCACUCAUCAUAUGUGCCCAAUCAGGGUCCACUGGCAUGUGAAGGUCAACUAUAAGGACUAUUGGCGAGUGAAGAUCGCCGUAACGAAUUUCAAUUACAGGUUGAAUUACUCUUUGUGGACUCUUGCUGUUCAGCAUCCAAAUCUUAAUAACAUCACCCAAGUUUUCAGCUUUGAUUACAAGCCUCUUCAACCCUAUGAGAACAUAAAUGAUACUGGCAUGUUCUAUGGCAUGAAAUACUUCAAUGAUCUUCUAAUGGAAGCUGGACCAAAAGGGAAUAUCCAAUCAGAGUUACUUCUUCAGAAGGACAAGAAUACAUUCUCAUUCAAGCAGGGUUGGGCAUUUCCUCGCAAAGUGUACUUUAAUGGUGAUGAAUGCAUGAUGCCCCCACCUGACACCUACCCAUUUCUGCCAAAUUCUGCUCCUACAAGCCUAGUUUCCUUCCAGGCACUCAUCUUCUCAUUGCUCAUAAUGCUAGCAGUUUGGUGAAUUGGUGCAUAGAGUGUCAGAAUUGUUCUGUGAAAAUUUUGAAACCAUGUAACUUACAAUAGGUAUGAAUACUUAAAGUCAUUCUUUGAAACACCGAGUGAAACUCAUGGCUGCAAUUUUUGCACUAAACAUGUGAUAAAUGUAUAUUUUGUCUGAAUCAUGAAUUCUUGGUGCUGUUAUUGCAGUGCCAUACUGAAUAAUUGAUGUCUCACAUACAUAUUCGAUUAAUGAAGUCUAUCAUUCAUUUCA